CAAAAAGGCUAUUCACUGAUUCAGUCUUAUCGUUCUCAUCUUGUUCCAGAUUUACUGAGCAUCUCCUCCAGAGUUACUAGAACAAGACUGGUAGUUUCUGCCUAGAACCGUGCCAAGGCUUGAUCGUUCCAUCUCCUAACGAUGGCCAGGAGUCACACUUACGCUGUUAUAUCCCUAGCCUUAGCCGCUCUGUGCUUGGUGGCUUUGGCUUCUGCUGCCGGCACACCGACAACUCCGGCGCCUGCGACGAAGACAACGCCUGCUCCUGCCGGCAAGACGCCUGCUCCUGCCGGCAAAACUCCAGCGAGGAAGCCGCGAAAGCACACGCCAUCGAAGAUCAACCAGGGCGUGUUCAACAAGUGGGAUGGCGGCUACAUCGCCACGAUCUCUCCCUCCGAAGGCGGUCUGGCGCAAGGCGCGUGCGGUUACGGCACCACGGUGAACACUCCAAUCGGAUACGCUACUAGCGCGGUUUCUUCUGUUCUGUACGAAGACGGCCAGACGUGCGGCGCGUGCGUGGCCAUCCAGUGCGUGAAGAACAAGAAAUGCAACGGGAAAUUGACCACCGUUACAGUCACGAACCACUGCAAGGGGAACCGCACCCACGGCGGCCUGUGCAUGCUCCCGAAGAAAUCCAUCAUGCUGCCACCCACCGUCUACGAUCAGAUCGUCACCUCCCGCGACGCUGGCGACAUCAGCGUGCGAGCGAUGCGCGUUCCGUGCCCUCGCAAAGGCGGGAUUCAAGUGAAGGUGCUUAUGGGGAACGACUGGUUUAUCAACCUGCUCCCGCUGAACGUCGCGGGACCGGGAACUAUUUCCAAGGCAGAAGCGCAGUUGAUAGGCAGCGGAGGAUUCAAGCCCCUUACCAGGAACUUCGGAACCACGUGGUCGCUGAACGGGAUUAAGGUUGGCGGGAAAGCGCUGACGCUGCGCCUGACGUCCAACUUCAACGGGAAGGUGGUUGUGUUGAAGAAUGUGAUUCCCGCUUCGUGGCAGGUCAACCAGACGUACGGCGGCGAAGAUAACUUCCCUGACAGCUAAGCCAUCCCAGUGCUUAUAAGCACUUAGUAGCAUUUAGUAUAGUUCGUGGUAGCAUUGUGAAGAACGGUAGUGCUUAUUAGCUCUCGGCCUACUCACAUUCUAGCUGAUCAUGCCUUUCAGUCCGCCAGAGUGGGUAUUCUCGUAACGGCUGUCCAAACUCAUAUGUUGGUGAAUAUAGCACCUCAAAUGGU